AGCCAGCCCCGCAUCAUGGACAUGCCUGUGCCUGGUGUUCUCGGGGAGGUCUGCAGAGAUGACCCAGGAACCCUCCCAUGGGAUCGCCUGUCAGAGCAUGGCAUUUUGCACUGGACCACUGUCUGGCCCAUGCCUAAAGCACCAAAGGGAAAAAGCGCAGGACGGGAAAAGAAAGUCAUCCACCCGUAUAGUAGAAAAGCAGCUCAGAUUACGAGGGAGGCCCACAGACAAGAGAAAAAGGAAAAAUUGAAGAAUGAAAAGGCCUUACGUCUUAACCUUAUUGGUGAGAAAUUGCAGUGGUUUCAAAGUCAUCUUGACCCCCACAAAGGGGGAUAUUCAAAGAGAGACGCUUGUGAGUUAAUUGAAAGGUAUUUGAAUCGAUUUAGUGGCGAGCUAGAGCAGAUUGAGUUACACAACAGCAUCAGAGACAGGCAGGGCCGGCGGCACUGUUUCCGGGAGGCGGUCAUCAGGCAGACGGUGGCCCGCGACGGCCUCGAGAUUCCAGACAUCCUAAAUGCAAGUAAUCUGAAAACUUUCCGGGAAUGGGAUUUUGAUCUGAAAAAAUUGCCAAACAUUAAAAUGAGGAAAAUUUGUGCUAAUGAUGCAAUUCCCAAGAAGUGCAAGAAGAAGACUAAGACUGUUGUAACGGUGGACAAAGACUUGGAAGAGUUGGAUCUGAAAGGCGAAUCCAGUGACUCGGAUGAAGAAAUGACUGCAGUGGACUGACUGCCUUUACUUGAGUCAGAAAUAAAUGACCCGAAAGCUUCA